CACGAACCCAUUACUAUCUCUCAUUGUUACAACACUUUGAAUGCGAAUAUACCACUCGAGCAUGCGUACUCCACUUCCGCUAUCAGCCCUACGGGCGAUCACCCCAAAGGGUGCAGCCCAUCCAGUGACCCAAGCUUGCCGCUCGGCCACCGUCGGCGGCAUUCGUCAAGCAUCAUCCCAUGUACCUGUGAUCACCGCAUCGCACGCUCGACGGCGGCCCCGCCUCCAAUCAUCGAGACGAAGUCUCCCUUUACCGAGCUCACUGUCUCGGACAAUAUACAUACAGACGCAGUCAACGCCCAAUCCGUCGGCACUCAAGUUUCUUCCAAACCACAAUGUCCUCCCGCAAGGGUUUCCUUCUACGUUCCUCGAGUACACUUCGCCUCGGGCGACUCUAGCGGCGCCACACCCUUCGCCCCUUGCUGCCAGAUUGCUGGAUGUGGACGGUGUGUCUUCGGUGUUUUACGGACCUGAUUUCAUUACCGUGACUAAGGCAGAGGACGUCAACUGGGCCCAUAUCAAACCUGAGGUGUUUAGCCUGAUCACUGAGGCGAUAUCGUCGGGAGAAGAGAUUGUAAACACUUCAGAUAAGACGGCAUCGGCCGAGGGUCAAGAUGGAGCGGGAGAAGACAGCCUUGCCCCGAACGAUGACGAUAGCGAGGUGGUGGCCAUGAUCAAGGAGCUGCUAGAAACACGAAUCAGACCAGCCAUCCAAGAAGAUGGUGGCGAUAUCGACUAUCGUGGUUUUGAAAAUGGUAUCGUCAGCCUUAAGCUACGAGGGGCAUGUCGGACAUGUGACUCGAGCACCGUCACGUUGAAGAACGGGAUCGAGUCGAUGCUAAUGCACUACAUCGAAGAAGUCAAGGGGGUCAAUCAAGUCCUAGACGAGGAAGAGGAAAUCGCAAUGAAGGAGUUUGCCCGUUUUGAGGAGAAGUUACGACAACAAAAGGGUCCAGAUGCAGCGCCGUCAACGGUAGGCAAAGGCAGCUUGGACUUUGUAGAAUGAUUGGCAAUUAGCGGGGACGCUGAUUGCUGGGCGUUGCAUGUGCUUGAUCUGCACCAGGCUCACGCAUACCAAGACAUCAGAGCAACGGGAUUUCCCUGGUCUGAGAUGGAGGCAUCCAUAAAAGGGAUGCCGUGAAAAACGAUUGCAUGCAAUCAAUUGACCACAGCGGAGCCAGGAGCGAGCUGCAAACGAGUGUUGAGCCGUUUGCCCAGCCUGGACGCAGUAGAGUUUACAAUGGGUCGUGGCAGGAAGAGGUGCCGCUCGAUCGUGAUCAAGCAGUCCGUUAGAUAGCCCAAGGUGACAAGUGACGGUGCAGGUAGAGUUUGUGUCAGGUUUAGGGAGGGAGGGAGGAAUGCAUGCCAUGACCAAGCACUGUAUCUUGAUGGCCAGAUGGGUUGAGGCAAUGUGAUUGGGUUACCAUUGGGGCGGGCCUGUACACAUACUCCGUAGACUCACAGAUGUCAAACCGGCUACAGAUGGUCACAUGGCAUUGAAAGUCAAAAUCAAUCAAGAAUUAACUCUUGUGGGAGAGCAAGG